AUGAGGGAAAUUGGUAAUGAAGGUCCUCUUCGAAACGAGUCAAACGGAACUGCCUAUUUCUGGAAAUAUCCAGUGAAGCGUAAUAUCAGAUUUGAAGAUGAUGCUUUCAAGGACUGCACGGAUCGUCUACCCCAUACACUUACCGUUCGCAAUUUUGAUAUUUUUUGCUUCAUCUUCUCAGCUGCCUCGUAUUUGGCCGAUAUUGGCAGUGAUGCUACGGUUGCUUAUAUCCAUUAUUGUGAGCAUCGAAUGUGGGCAUCUAUAUUCAUAUCUAUUCUUACUGUUUUACCUUCUCUUAUUUUAAACAUUGUUUCGUUUAUAUGGUGGAUUGACGAUGUUUCUGCACAUGCCGUUCAGCAAGGAAUGAAGCAUGCAUACUCAAAACAGUUUACUCUUCGCAUUAUUAUGUGUCUUUUGCAGAUCAGUCCAUUAGUCUGGUACGUGGAAGCAAUUUUAGCCGCAAUAAAAUUUCGAAUGACUAAAAAGAGAAACGAAAAGUUAUCUUCAUAUAUAGCUAUGAUUCAGGCCGAAAGAGACGCAGCGUUGCUGAGGUUUUUUGAAGCUUUUUUGGAGUCAGUACCUCAGAUGCUUGUACAAGGUAUUGCAUUGACUCAUGCGUUUUAUUCACUGAAUCCAUCGAAUAAUUUCCCUAAAUGGAUGUUGACUCAGGUGGUUUCAAUUUCAUUCUCUCUGUUGUCUUCUUGCUGGUCAUUUGUCAUCCAGCACCGGAGCUUGCGAUUGAGUCGACCCGAUAAAGAGAAUAUUACACCUAGUGGCGCUUUAAUGCAGUUAUUAUGGCGAAUUUUCACAGUAUCUUCGCGAUAUAUAUGUUUUGUGUUGUUCAUACUCAAUUAUCAGUAUUGGAUAUUGGCUUUAUUUAUAAUACAUUUCAUUAUAUCCGUCACACACGUUUCUGUCCUACAACCUUUUGAGACGAAAUUUAAAAAUAAAUCAGUGAAAGUGGGUUUGAUUGUAAUUUGUGCAGCUGUUCACUUUUUUGCGCCAUACAACAUGGCUGAAGGACGAUCACGUUAUAGAUAUACUGUGGCGUAUUGCAUUGAAGCGAUCGAAAUUGUUAUUCUUUCAAAAAUGGCUAUGAGUAAUGAACGCUACACUUUGCCAUAUAAGGAGUAUGUAGAGAUAGGAAUAUACGUCUUAUUUCUUGUAGGGAUUUUCUUUAUGCUUCUUUACUAUGGCUGUUUUCAUCCAAAUAUAGUACAUUGUCAUCGUACAGGUGGUGUUUCAAGUUCUUGUAUACGAACCUGUCAAAUAGUUUUAUAUCCUUCAAAUCGCGUUAUGGAAGAAUCGUAA